UUUCUUUUUCUUUCGUCGUCUUGAAGUGUUUUGACGGAGUAGCUACAUAGGCAUGAGUCUUUCCUUCCAUAAAGCAGCAAUAAUAUGUGAGUUUUGAGCCGAUCUUCCCUUCAUCAGAAACGAAAUUGGGUCUGAAAUUACAAGCUUUAUUUUAACUUCUGGAGCCAAAGUCAGAUCAUUUAUGUUGCUGCAUGGGAGUAUUGAUGGUUUCUGAUAUGAUUUGUGGAUUAAUUUAAUGGUUGGACGCUGCGUUCUUUGAGAUAAUUAAGAACAAGCAACAAUCUGAUCGACCACAUUUUUUGGAAGCAUUUGAAAAUUGUUCAAAGGACAUCCAUCCAGUUCCGAGUUCAUUGUUCAGAGAAAUUAGUUGUGGAGACAACUGAGAGAGCGGGACAUGCAGUCUAUUGAAUUCCCUUUCCACGAUCAUCCGUUGAUCUUAAAUGAAGAGACCAAAAAGGAUGGUAAAAUACGUUAUUGUCGGGUGUGCCUUCAACGAGUAAGGGGUCCUAAUUACAGUUGCGAGCAGGACUGGUGUGUCUACGUCGUCCAUAAAUCAUGUGUCGAACCACCCAGCGAGAUACAGCAUCCGUUGCACCCGGAACAUACCCUUAAGAUCAGUACUACAAUAAAAGAUUGCGAUGGCGGCUGUAAUGAAUACCGGAGGUGCUACAUGUAUAAUUGUUCUCACUGCAACUUUAACCUUCAUCAAGAUUGCGCUUUGCUACCGCUCACCAUAAAAACUGAAAGUCAUGACCAUCCUCUGACCCUCCUUCGAAAAUCAUUGUCUUUCACUUGCGAUGCUUGUGGGGAAAAAAGAAAGUGCAUGUCCUACUUUUGUAUGACCUGCUCAUUCAUGGUUCACACGCAGUGUGCUCUCUUUCCCUUGAAUCUCACAAUAACAAGUCACAACCACCCUCUGAGUCUGAACCUCAUCAAAAACUCUCCUCAGCUCAACCAAUCCGAGAAUCAGCAAAUUUGUCAUCUCUGUUUUAAAAGGGUGAACACAAAAUACAAAUGUUAUUAUUGCUCGAGUUGUGAUUUUGUUGCACAUCCUCUUUGUGCUACAAACUUUUCCGAGAAGAAUGAAGCAUUUGACCCGGAAUUCAAAGAUGAUCAGCCUAUUUUGUCCCCUGACCUUCUUGGGCCUGAUGAAUCUAGUGACACAUUAGCUCAAAUUGUCAACAAGAUCACCCCGGAAAACGGAAAAGCUGAAAUCGUCACAGAGAUCAAACAUAUCUCUCAUGAACAUAACUUAAAGCUUGCAGUUGAUGAGCUAGAGAACAAUGAAAAAUGUAACGGGUGUACGCAGUAUCUCUCCUCUGAUCCGUAUUAUUGUUGUUUACAAUGCAAGUUCUUUCUUCACAAAUCUUGUGCUGAUUUACCCCGAAAAAAAUUACACCCGCUUCAUGACCAUCCACUCACCCUCGUCCCAAACAAAUUUCUUGACUAUGAUAGACUCUUGGGCUGCGAUGCUUGUGAUCGUCAGUGUAAUGGCUUCGUAUACAGUUGUGCUAGCUGCCGCUUCAAGCUCGAUGUCCCUUGCAGUUUGAUACCAAAAAGAGUUACCCAUAAGGGUCAUGAGCACCCACUCAUUGUUAUUCACAGAACACGGCCUGAUUUCGGACAUAAGGACAUCUGUAAUUCAUGUGGCGAACGUAUUGUCCGUGAGACAAUUUAUUGUGGUUAUUGUCAAUUUAAGAUAGGCUUCUGCUGCGCUACCCUACCGCUUACCAUAAAAUAUUGGCCGUAUGAGAAACCUUUCAUACUCUCUUACAGCAUUGAGGAUGACUCUAGUCAUGAGUAUUAUUGUGAUAUUUGUGAAGAAAAGCGAGAUCCGAAGCAUUGGUUCUACUAUUGUGAAGAUAUCUCUUUUGCUGCUCACACUAGAUGUAUUAUGGGGAAGUACCCCCGUAUCAAGGUCGGGAGCACUUACACAUUCGACUUCCACGAGCAUCCUCUCACUUUUGUUGAGAGGGACGAGGUUCAAUAUCCUAAAUGUCUCUCUAGUAGUCAUGAUUAUGGAGAUGAUGAUCGUCUUAUGCAUCGAUUUUUCUUCUUAUGUGUCAAGUGUGAUUUCAUUGUUGGUGAUAGUUGUUUGUGGAAGAUAAGGAAACGGCCGCAUAGCUACGCACAGGCAUCUAGCGACUAAAAUUGGACGCAUGCUAGCAUUUACGUACCCUGUGUCUUGGGAUGAAUAAAAUCCAGGUAAUUCAUGAUCGGGCUCUGAAAGACAUGAUGCAUGUUAGACAUUUCAAUCCAACGUCACAAUCUCAUGGUUCUAAAUCAAUAUUUGCUGAAACUGUUCAAACGUCUGAGCAAGUAGUACUGCAUGCGCGCAGCUUCAUUGUAAACUAGAAACGAGAUCAGGACCCACCCUCCCAACUCUAGAAGAUCAUGAUGUGAUGGAUGCAGGCCAGGGGUGAUUCUUGCAAUAUAUAUCUUGGCCCUAAUUUCUGCAUGCUUGCUUGGGCAAGCUGAUCAUGUAAUAUAUCUAUCUCUCUCAUAUAUAGUGUCUGCUUGUGACGAGGACAAACGUGGUAUUUAUUUAUUUACUUAUGAUGUUUUACUUAUUCAUCUUGGUCUCAUCAGUUCUGAUCUCAUAAUAUAUAUUAAUGUUGAAUUAUGUUACCGCUAUCUUCGAUUCGAUUCAAUUUAAGAUUUGUUGUCAUUCAUUUAGCAA